AUUAAAAAUAAUGUUCUAACUAAAUUAAAGGCAUUACAUCUUCCACUAGAAUACCUGAUUGGGCAAAGUAUGGAUGGUGCUAGUAAUAUGAGAGGUGUUAAUAAGGGAGUACGGGCUUUAAUAUUUAAAGAAGCUCCUAAAGCUAUUUAUGUCUGGUGCCAUGCUCAUAGGCUUAAUUUAAUUGUUAUUCGUAUAUGUGGAUAUGGGAAUGAAAUUAAAAAAACUAUGGGAAUUUUAGAUGAAUUAUAUAAUUUUAUGAAUGGAGUUAAACGCCAGGGUGUUUUUACCAAAUUUCAAAUGCAAAAAACCAAAAAAUCUCUCAAAAGAAUAAAAAACACAACAAGAAAUUGGGCAUCAUCUUUCAAAGCAUUACAAAUUUUUUUAGAUGUUUAUGAAUAUAUAAUAGCCUCCUUGACAGAGUUAAGCAAUUCUGAUGACGCAAUCACAUUUUCAAUUUCUGAGGGAUUGCUAUCUAGAAUAAAACGAUAUGAUUUUAUUUUAGGAUUAUUUAUUUUAAGAAUAAUCUUAAAAUGUACACAUGAAACUUGCAUUGAAAUGCAGGCAAUUGGAAAUGAUUUAGCAAUGAUGAUUAAAUUGAUCCAACAUACAAAAAAUAAAUUCCAAAGAUUAAGGGCAAAUGGUGAUAAUACAUUAACAUCAUUACAUACCGAUGUUAAAUCAUUUAUGGAUAAGAAUAAUGUUACAACCGAUAUUUAUAAUAUUAAGUCAAUAUUUAAAUUGGAUCAAAAAGAGUUUGAUAAUUAUAUUGAACAACAAAAAGAAAAAUAUAAAAAUGAAAAUUUUUACCCAGUGAUUAAUAUGAUCAUUGAACAAUUAAAUGAAAGAUUUAAUUAUGAAUCAUUAAACUUUUUAAAUCAGAUUUCUAUUUUUACUCCUGAGGGAUUAGCAGAUAAUGAGAAUAUAAUUUCCCAGAUAUCUGAAAUUGUGUGUUUAUAUAAUUUUGAUGCACAGAAAAUUAUAGAUGAAUUUUCCAAUUUUAUACCAUUAUACUUAGAUUCCUUAUCAAUCAUUUAUAGUAAAGAUUUAAUCAAUAUUAGAAAAAAUGAUACCUUAUAUGAUGAAAGUGAAAACAUUAUAAAUGAUAGUAAAAUGACCGAGGCUGAAAUAUUCAUUUAUUCUACCAUAUAG